GGUCUCGAGGGCCGGUGGCCGCUGCCAGUCGCGCUGCUCCGGGACGGGACAGGCGGAGCGGCCUCUGGGCAGCAGCUGUGAGAGUGGAGCGUGAAUCACAGCUUCCCCUCUCCUGGCGUGCACAAGCUCAGAUUCCCACUCGCGUUCCAGCAGCGCGCUAUGAACAGAGGUGUUGGCCGAGGCAGAGGCUCAUAUCAGACACCCACAAAACGUAACUCCUGCCACCCUAGUCCAGCCUCUUUUAACAAUCCUCUUGUCCCGCAGGGAAGCAAUCUGAGCAGAUUCCAACUGCAGCAGAUACAGUUCCUAAAAGGCCAGCUUCCUGAGGCUCCACUCUAUCCAUUUCAGGAACAGAGGUCACAAGUAGAGCAACGCUUCAGGGGUCUGCAAGCAGCUGCAUCGGUUCCUAGAGGGAGAGGGCACAAUAACUGGGGCACGGCUGGGAGACCUAGAUCCCUUUAUAGUAGUUGGCAUGAGCACAGUGUACCAGUUCGUUGCCCCAGUCAUCGUCAUACCUACCCAAAGCCAAGCAGAGAGCUUGACCCCCUCAGUGUGAGCUUUCAGGGGAUGUGCGUACGAGACCUGGAGCAAGAAGUUUUGACAGUUUUAGGUCAGCUCAAGGAGGGGACAUCGUGUACGGUGCAUGAUCUCUCUCGUAAACUUCAUCGUCACAAGAAAGACAUCAAUCGUACCUUGUACAAGCUUCUUGAACAAGGCAGACUGUACAAAGGAGAAGAGACGCCCCCACUGUGGAGGAUUGCAGAUAGACCAGGGCCAUCCGGGACAGUGAGUAAAGGCAACGUUGUGGUCAGGAGGACUCUUCUUAGAGAUCCAUCUUUGGAGAGUAAAGAGGAAAAAGGUUCUGCUGGGUGCUCAGAGGACAGUGCAGACUCUCCCGUUAUGGCUGAAACCAAGGAGAAAAUCUGCAACUACUUGUUUACUGUUCCACAGUCAACACCACUCAACAUUGCCAAGAACAUUGGGUUGGGGAAGGCCAAGGAUGUCAAUGCCUCUCUCAAUGACCUGGAGAAAAGAGGCGAUGUCCGCAAGGAGAAUGCAAACCCCCCCAGGUGGUCCCUUACUCCCAAGAAACGUGAGCGGAUGCAGAAUAAGAUGAAAGCCAGUGAGGUAUUAGAAGCAGCACCUCCUGUCCCCCAGCCAGAGUUAGCAGCAGCCUGUGAAGUACCUGAUCCGCAGAAGAGUGUGGUGGCUCUCCCGGCAGUACUAGCAGCAACCUGUGAAGGGCCUGAUCCGCAGGAGAGUGUGGUGGCUCCCCCAGCAGUACAGACAAAAGAAGGGGAGAAUAUAAAAAAUGGACAGCAGGUAGCAGAGCCAAUGGAAGAGAGCAAAGCCAAGGCUCCUGAUCUGGGCUUGUCUGGCAAGAAGCCCAAAUACCAGAGAGUCAUGAACUAUGACAACUCCGAAAAUGGGAGGUGGGCCACAGAUGACAUUCCAGAUGACCUGAAUGCCAUCCACAAGCAGGCUGAUGAGUCAAGGUGCAUCAUGGAAUCUCCCAUUUCCCCCAGCUAUGCUGCCCAGUUUGAUGCUGCCUUCCAAUGCACACCCUUUGAAAAGCUGGUUGCCUGUCAGGAGAAGAACCCAGUGAGUGGCCUUAUUGAGUACACGCAGUACACCUACCAGCACUGUGAGUUUGCCCUUCUGGAGCAGAGUGGACCCUCUCAUGAGCCACGAUUCAAGUUCCAAGUCGUGAUUAAUGGACGCCGGUUCCCAGCAGCAGAAGCAGGUAGCAAGAAGCUAGCCAAGCAAGAAGCAGCUGCUAAUGCCUUGAAGGUGUUGCUGCAUGAGGCAGAGAACAAGGAGGAUGUUGGUGGAGGCAAUGAGAUGUUACCUCCAGACAGUUCGGAAGCAAAGUUGCCCCUGCCCCUGGAACUGGAGUCUCCGUCUGCAGCAGUGCAUCUAAACCUGCUUCCCGGCAAGAACCCCAUCAGCGUGUUGAUGGAGUAUGGGCAGAAGUCAGGGAGUGUCAUUGAAUUCCAGCUGCUAUCACAGGAAGGCCCACCUCAUGACCCCAAGUUCAAGUAUUGUGUGAAAAUGGGUGACCAGGUUUUCCCUGCUGUGGUAGGCAACAGCAAGAAGGGAACAAAGCAGAUGGCAGCUGAGGUUGCUGUGAAGAUCCUCAGUGGAGAGUCUGUGCCGCACCUCAUCCCUGAGAAGCCCUCUGUAGAACCCCAGAGCAACCAGUUCUCAUAUGCUUCUGGCAUCCAGCAUACAACAGCAGAUGAGUCCAAGGCUGCAAAGGCGAAGGGCAUCGGGGAACUGAUCAAAUACCUCAAUGCCAAUCCCAUCAGUGGCCUGCUAGAGUAUGCCCGCUCCAAUGGCUUCGCAGCAGAGUUCAAGAUGAUUGACCAGUCUGGGCCCCCCCAUGACCCAAAGUUCAUCUACCAAGCAAAAGUGGGCGGCCGCUGGUUUCCUGCCGUCACAGCACACAGCAAGAAGCAGGGCAAGCAGGAGGCAGCCGACGCAGCCCUCCGAGUCCUGAUUGGGGAGACAGAGAAGGCCGAGCGCACUGAAGGGCUGAACACCACGGAGCUCCCCAUGAGUGGUAGUACCUUGCACGACCAGAUCGCGAUGCUGAGCCACCAACGCUUCAAUGCCCUCACUGCACGCAUCCAGCACAGCCUGCUGGGGCGCAAGAUUCUGGCUGCCAUUAUCAUGCGGCGAGGAGGAGAGGACCUGGGAGUUGUUGUCAGCAUUGGCACAGGUAACCGGUGCGUGAAGGGCGAGGAGCUGAGCCUGAAGGGAGAGACAGUGAAUGACUGCCAUGCAGAAAUCAUCUCCCGGAGAGGUUUUGUAAGGUUUCUUUACAGUGAGCUGAUGAAGUACAAUCCCUCCUAUCCCUCCUCCACAGAGCAGAGUAUAUUUGAACCAGCAGGAGACAAUAGACUCAAAAUAAAGGAUAAUAUUACCUUUCACCUCUAUGUCAGCACUGCACCCUGUGGAGAUGGCGCCCUCUUCGACAAGUCCUGCAGCGACCAGGCGAGUACGGUAGGCAAGAGCCAGCAUCAACCGCUCUUUGAGAACCCCAAGCAAGGCAAACUGCGCACCAAGGUGGAGAAUGGAGAAGGCACCAUCCCUGUGGGGUCGAGUGACAUUGUGCCGACGUGGGACGGGAUCCAGCAUGGGGAGCGGCUGCGCACCAUGUCCUGCAGCGACAAAAUCCUGCGUUGGAAUGUGCUGGGUCUGCAAGGGGCGCUGCUUUCACACUUCGUGCAGCCUGUCUACCUCCGCUCCGUCACACUUGGUUACCUGUACAGCCAGGGGCACUUGACGCGCGCAAUCUGCUGCCGCCUGACGCGAGACGGGAGCACACUCGAGGCAGGCCUCCCGGCACCACACCAUGUGGAACACCCUGAGGUGGGGAGAGUCAGCGUGUACGACUCUGCCAGGCAGACGGGCAAGACCAAGGAGUCCAGUGUGAAUUGGUGUCUGGCUGAUCACAGCGAGGUGGAAGUCCUGGAUGGCACCAAGGGCAAAGUGGAUGGACCAAAGCUGGAGGUGUCCCGCGUGUCCAAGCGGCGCAUGUUCAACCUGUUCCAGCAGCUUUGUGCCAUGAGGAGCCGCCAGGACCUGCAGGCUUUCACACUGUACUCAGACGCCAAGGAGGCAGCCUCGGCCUACCAGGGUGCAAAGCAGCGUUUUUUUCAGGCGCUGGAGGAGAUGGGCUACGGCAGCUGGAUCCGCAAACCCAAGGAGGAGGAUAGCUUCUCCCUCAGUGAGGCGUAGCGCUGCCCUGCAGCUGCCUGCUCCUUCCCUUCUCAUUUUGUGACGGGAGCCAGGAAUGCUGAGGGGGCCAUGGCCAUCCCCAUGCCCCCUCUGCUCAGCCUGGCACGGCCCGGCUCAGCGGGGAGGGCCUUGCCUUGCUGCGCCCGUUCUGAUUCCUUCUCCAGAUGGACGCUCAGCAUGGCCUUGGCGCAGGCACUGGUGUGAGAGUCCACGUGCGUGUAGGAGCACUUGGUUCUUGCCUCGUCACUCAUUGUCUCCAUUCUUCUAGCAGGAGCCUCAUCCAGCUCCCGCCCCUGUCCUGGCAGCGUUCCUGGCAGUUUGCACGCUGGGUCCUGGGGCAGUUGACAGGACUCUGGGGCACUUCCUUCCCCGCAGGCCUGCCAGCUGCACAGGCUGGGGUGGGGUGGGUGGAAGAGGAGGCGCUCUGCCCUGGCAGCUGCUGCUUCACCCCUGCACCUGCUGUCAGGACCUGCAGUGACCCCAGGGUGGCUCAGAUUAGUUGCAGGUAGGGGUCCUGCCAGUGGCUGUUCUAAUCUCCUUUCCCCUGUAGGGCAGGCAGGCUGGGGGCUCCCCUUGACUGUGUCAAGGGACGGGUUUUGUCUCUGUCAGGCUGGUGCCUCCCCUGCCCCAGGUGUCCCCUCUGGCUGGCUCUGUGGAUGCCGGAGCAGCUUCCUCUCACUGGAGCUGGCGCCGGGGUCUUGGAAACCAGCCCUUUCCCGUCAGCCGUCGUGCGCGUGGUUUUAGUUAAGCUGGGCCACAUCCUCUUUGCUUUUAUGCUUCCCUGUUUUUAAAAAAAAAAAAGACCGAGAAGCCAGCAAGGUUCAGGGCUGUGUGUAAGCCUUGGAUGCCCUCCGUGGGUCCUUUCAUGGAGCUGGGCAGGUGGUAGCCCAGGGGUGCCAACAGGCCUGUGUUGGGACACUGGAGGCUGUGGCUACAGCUACUCGGGGACAGACUAAGGCAGCCUGCAUGUGCUGCCACCUCUGCCAGGCACCAGCACCCCAGUCACCUCCCAACCAGCCCCUCCCUGCUGUGCCAGGACAGGGAGCCCUAGUGCCAGACCAGGCUCCUCAACUGUCCCAGGAAGGAAGGGCACAAGGCUAGGCCUGUUUGCUCCAUUUGGACGUUUCUGGUUCUUCCCUGCUCCCAGCUGUUGCCCAUCGUAGCUCUGGUGCUGAAGAGUGAGCAAAGCAGCUGUCGUUUGGGGGCAGCUCCUGCAUACCCACCACACCACCACCACCACCAGCUGCCCCUUGCCCUAGGGCUGGCUUUCCUUGCACUGUGCCGGGCCUGGGGUAGGAGGAAGGCCCCAUAUGUCAGCCCCCUAGGAGGCUGCCUCACCCUCAAAUUUUUUUGUACGUUGCUUGCGAGCGCCCGGCCAGUGAGGGCCGCCACAUUCCACAGAAAUAAAUCGUUUCGGUCUUGUUA